AUGGCAAUUGAUAUUGGCCGUGCCUAUCCUAGUGGCCCUUCUGGUUCGAGUUCCCCGAGGUGGGUUUGUUGGAGGCAUUCUCUUCAGGGCAGCGUUGUGGUAAACGUUGAAGGGAGUGUGUCGGGAUCUCCUCUACGAGGAGGGUUUGGGGGUUGUAUUAGAAGCUUUGACGGAAACUGGAUUGCUAGUUUUUAUGGUUCCAAAAGUGACACUGAUAUCCUUCUCUUGGAGCUGCUUGGAAUUUUCCAUGGUCUUUCAAUGGCUUGGGACCUUGGCCAUCGGGUGGUGGAGUGCCAAUCUAAUUCUCUUCAUGUAGUGGAGUUGGUCUUGGCUACCCCGUCAGUGCGUCACAUGUAUGCGUCAUUGAUUUGGGAUAUCAAUGACUUGAUGGAUAGACCUUGGAGGGUGUGGAGCUUGUCCAUAUGCUUCGUGAAGGAAACUCGUGUGCAGAUUUCUUAG